ACAUGGAGCGAAAUACUUUUUCUUCAAUUUACAAUCACCAUUGAAAAUAGUGUGAAUCAAACUGCUAUCAUCGAAUGAAUUAAUCACAUAUCGAUUUUAUAAUCAAUUAUAAUUUGCUUACGCAAAACAUGUAAACAGAACCAAUAUCGAUCCAUUAGAUAAAGAUCAGAACAAGUGUAUGCAAUUAUUUCAUAAAAUGAUCGAAGAUCUUUACUGUAUGACACCUAAGAAAUGAUUUUCUAAUUGAUAUUUUAUUUUAAUAAAAAGAAGAACCGUCAUUACCUCUUGUUGUGGAUCUGAGCGGACAAAGAGAAGUCCGACAUUUUUCUUUCAAUCCGCAUGAACUCUGUUAAGAUAGGCCGAACAAAACAAAAAGAUAUUGAAGAAAAACAUAACACUGUAAUAUAAUAUUUCAAUAAGGAAUACAACAUGUUUUUCACUACCAUUGAAAAUGGGAAAUGGAACUGUAAUAUUCUUAGGAAAUUAGUAAUUAUCUUCUAUGAAUUGAUGUGUUUUUCUCUUCCAACUACUAAUACUCAUGAAAAUCUAUGACUGUUUUAAAAAAUCCAAUAAACAUGGUUCGCGAAUAGAAACAAUCGGUUAGACAAGAUUCGAACGAAAAAAGCUAUUAUCGAUUUAUCAUUCUAAUCAAUAAAAUCGAAAUAUUUUGCUAUAUAGUGAUACGUGAUUCCAUAGAUGAAAUCAAUCCAAAUCCAAAUACAAAAUCUCUUUUUAAUUGUUCGGUCGUACUGACAGUUUUUAAUGGAAACAAUCAUGUUAAUCCUUUUCUGAUAGAAAGCCUACUGUGCCACGCGCAAACAGCUCGAGAAAAAUGGAAUGUAUUGAAUGGUAUAUACACUAUUAUAAGUUAGAGCAUUCUGGAAGAUACAUAUUCGAUCAGUUUUUUCUAGAUUAAAUGCUAUCGGUACUAAUUUUGUUUCAUUUCGUAAUUUUGAAAGUGGAAGCUACACCAUAGAAGCAAGUUGGUAUAAAGCGUACUCUAACGCUCAAGAUGGAAGUGCAAAAGGAAGAUCUGAACUCCGCAGAGAUAAUAUAAUAUUGGGCAAUGGAGCUAAACGUUACUUUAAAGCAAUUUAUUUCAUUCCCAAUAAUCCUGGUAAUCAAGCUGGUAUCAUUGGACAAGGUAUAGAACAAGUACUCGGUGCUCCAUGGAAUCCAAUCUUUUUUUGGAUGGCAUGGCCAGGAAAUGGAGUUGAACUGUCUGUUUAUGCGGAAACAGGUCCUAAUCCAAUUAUUAAAAAAAAUACAACUGAAGAUCCAAGAGGCAGAAUGCAUACAAUAGAAAUGUGGGCUUAUUUUACGACUAACAAUGAUGGAUGGAUGGAUGUUCGUUAUGAUAACGGACCAGUGAAAACUAUCUACACUGGAAAAACAUUGCCAACUGGCAGAUAUCCAGGAGCUUUCAAAGUUGGUACUUAUGCGGGCUAUUAUGGAAAAUUUAACUCUGAAGUUUGGGUACAUAUGGUCGAAGUUAUUGCUGAUGGAGCUCCUCCGAAUUCAAUUAGUGGUCACAGUUUUUAA